ACUCCUUUUCUUUGGAACCAUUUUUAUUCACAACGAUGACAGUUGAAGCAAUCGAAAAUUAUCGGUUUGUUGUCAACAUAAUUUGUUGACGUAUUUGACAUUCAAUGGUCAGUUGGGAAAUUUAGUGACCACUUUUCCUAUUAUAUUUUAUUUUUACAAAACUGAGCAAAAUAAGCACUAGUUAAUAGCGAAAUGUCGCUUACAUUAUUAAUUGGUUGUGCCACAGCACUUGUGGUGCUUCUUGUGACAUUACUUUAUUUGCAGAAGAAGAGAAAUCCCGAAGGAGAACCCAAACAACAGCAUGCACAGCAACGUGGGGUACCUCAAAGGGCUCAGGAAGGUGUGCCUAGAAGGGCGCAAAUUGUACGAAAUCAACGUAAUCGUUUGAGACAAAAUGCUGCUGCCCCAGUGGCUGCCCAGGAAGCUGCGCAACGUAAUGAGAGCGAUAAUGAAAACGAAGAAGGUGAAAUACCCCAGGGCCAGGUGUUAGAUGAGAAGAUGGGUGCCAAAAAACGUGCUAAAAUGGAGGCCAAGGAACAAAAACGACUAAUGCGAGAACAGGAAAUGAAAUUGCGCGAGGAGAAAAAAGCCAAAGAUGCAAAAGAAGAGGAGGAACGUAAAAAGCUAGAAGAUCAAGAGGCUGAAGAAGAACGUAAAAAGGAGGAAGCCGAACGAUUGGCACGCGAAGAGCAAGAGCGAAGAGAACACGAGGAAUAUCUAAAAAUGAAGGCUGCAUUCAGCGUCGAAGAAGAGGGCUACGAAGAAGGAGAUGAAGAGAAGGAAAACCUAUUGGGAGACUUCAUCAAAUACAUUAAAGAUAAUAAAGUGGUGGUACUGGAAGAUUUAGCCACUGAGUUCAAAUUGAAAACUCAACAAGCUAUUGAACGCAUACAGGAACUUCAAGCCAACGGCUCCAUAACCGGAGUGAUAGAUGAUCGUGGUAAAUUCAUAUACAUAUCGGAAGAAGAACUUGCGUCGGUGGCUAAAUUCAUAAGACAAAGGGGUAGGGUAUCAAUACAAGAAUUAGCGGAAAGUAGUAACAAUUUGAUCAACUUGACACCUGUUGCAACUAGUUAGGACCAUAAGAACCCAAUGUAAAGAAAAGUAAAUUUGUAAUAUACUCUUCGAUAAGUUUUGUUCUUAUUCUUUGUA